CUCCCUCCAGGAGCACACCAGCCACAUCCCCAGUCGUCCCACGCACCUGGAACCACAGUAUGAAACGCGGGUGUGAACAUACACGUCCCCCGCCCCUCUAUCUCGCCCAGUCUCAGGAGCUCCCGCCUGGGGUGACUUCCGGCCCGAAGGGACACUGCUUUGGGAACCGAGCUGGCAGAGUGGACAGACAACAGGACGGUGGAUGAGGGAAUGCCGGUGACCCAACUCGCAGGGCUGCUAGAACGAUGAAAUGAAGAAAUGCUCCUUGCUCACUGAGUACUGGGCUAAGCUGGCAGGAGCAACAGCUGCCCCGUGACCCACCUGCAGCAGGACAGUCACGGCACACUCGACGUUGGCCCAGCCUGGAGGAAGCACCUCAGCCCAGCUGGGGCCACGCCAGCCUGGGCCCCACCCCAGCCCUCCUCCUGCUCGAGUCCUUUAAAAGCAGCCCAGGGCUUUGGGCCACCAUCUGCUGCCUGCCUGCCUGACACUGCCACCAUGCGCUGUCUCCUGAGCCUAGCCCUGGCCCUGCUCACCCUAGAGGUGGCCUUUGCUCAGGACCCGGCCUUCAUCUUGCCAGGGCAGGCCGUGUGCCCCGAGGCCAGCUCUUCUGAGGAGGUGUCCUGUGCCAAGACCUGCCUCACCGACGAGGAAUGCCUCGGCAACAGCAAGUGCUGCCCCAGCGCCUGCGGCCGCUCCUGCAGAACCCCCGUCAUCGUACGUGAUGUAAAGGCCGGCAACUGCCCCUGGGUGCAGGCCCCGCUGCUCCCGCAGCUCUGCCAGGAACAGAACGAGUGCUCCGUGGACAGCCAGUGUAGCAGCAACAAGAAGUGCUGCUUCAGCCGCUGCGCCAUGAGGUGUCUGGACCCCGUCCUAGAGGACUCCCCCCAGUGAGGAGCUCGCCUGGGAGCACCACGCUGCUAGGAGUGACCAACCCACGUCCACUCAGCAAGAACCUUCUCCCUCAGCUCCAGAGAGCACAUAAUGCCUCCUACCUGCUGCUAAUAAAAACUCUACUCCACUCGGCUUCGUGUCAUGUCUGUCUGUCCUGGACUCCUGCAGGAGAAAUGAAGUAAACAGCAGCCUGGUCCCUGAGUGCCCCCGGGGAUCCCAAGUGGUGAUGAGCGUGUGCGGGUGGGUGGGGAAGCCACGCCCGGCUCACUCAGCUGGGGCUGACCUGCAGGGAGACUACACGGCCAUGGUGGCAUCUCCGAGCCAGGAGAGGC